AUGACCUUAGCGAUUUAUGCCUGCGAACCAUGUCAGCAGCGGAAGAAGCGAUGCAGCAAACAGUUGCCCACGUGUGGUCUUUGUGCCCGAAUGAAGAGACCCUGCAAAUAUCCGCAGCAACGCAAACCCAGGAUGCAAUCCCGCAGUAUCGACAGCAGUGAUCAAGUUAGCACUGGCACACAGACUAAUAGAUUUCCGCCCUCUUUCUUCAUUGACCCUUACAUCUUCCAAAGUUGCUCCGUCCAAAUCCCCCAAAGCCGAAUUACAGUUCCUAGUCGGGUAAUAGAGUAUCUUGAAGACGUUGCUUUAUUCAAGGGUUUGGUCGCAGAAUUCUUUGCAACUAUACAUCAGUGGAUGCCAAUCAUCUCGCGUAUACGUCUUCAUAGCCUCUUGACAAACCAGCCCCUCCAUCAGCAAGAACCAGACGCUAUUCUUCUACUGCUCUCCAUAAAACUCAUUCUAUCAGUACCUGAGCAGAACAAGAGCGAAUCAGAAAUAUAUGUUACUGCAAAGCAAUUUUUUCUCAUGGUUGAGAUGGCAGGCUGUUUGACUCUCCAGCUAGUCCAGGCUGGGAUCAUGAUUAGUCUCUACGAGUUAGGCCAUGGCAUUUAUCCAGCUGCCUUUUCAACCGUCGCCGCUUGCGCCAGAUAUGGAACAGCACUUGGGAUCGAUGAUUUAGCGGUAACAGAUUUGACGAGGGCAGGUGGAGAAGAAAAGCUGCGAGUGUGGUGGGGGAUCCUUAUUGUUGACCAUAUUCUCAAUGUCGGCACUCACGGGCGUCAUCUUGCCACUCGAGGUCCGAAAAGUGACCAGCCACUGCCGAUGGAUGACGAUGACUGGGAUCGACUGAUACCUACGUCCAAACAGCCACAGGUCCUUUCUGCCCCAACAGAACUCAAGGCUGGUCGUUUUGCUCGAACAGCACAGGCUACGAAUCUUCCAAGUCUAGUCUUUCAAUACUUGAACAGAAUGCGAUCUGGCCUACAGCCAAGUUACGAGCAUCUUGAUCAACUAAAUCGAACGAUCUUAGCGCUAGGUGAUCUUGUAGAGGAAGAGGGGAAUCAAAGAGGCAUUGUUCUUUGCUGUCCUGUAGGAUUUUGCAGCAAGUAUGACAGCCUAUUCUUGAGAUUUUGCAGUUCUCCAGUAUUGACGAUCUUCAGUGGUCUAUUACUACUUAAUACUCCCCACCUUGACGGUAUCCCGUCGGCUCAUCUCACCAACCAACAAAGACACACUUCAGAACAGAUAGUUAUAUUGGAGACAAAGAAGGUAAAAGUCAUUGCUGAACAAUAUGAGAACGGAAAGCGAGGUACUCUCAACGAGACUUGCCCUUUGCUUCUCAGCUGGCUUUAUCGAGCAGCGAUAACUACACCCAUCCAUCCCGUGAUUGAUGGUGGCAAGAAUCGGGAAGAAGUGCUUCCAAUUUCAUAAUACCAUAAAGAAUAUAAGCCAAAGAUGGCGUGUCGCAGUUCCCAUCUUCAACUUCUGGAAACAAGGC